AUGCUGCUGAGUCGGAUGAACAAUGCGCGAGCGUCUGUUUCAACCACAGCCGUCCCACGCCCAUCCGCCGCACUCCCGAACCUGACCUGGAGCGACACCCUGGCAGGCUCGGCGCAGGCCUGGGCAGCCGAAGAAGCAGGUUCGGUGUGCGCCGGGCCAGUGGACGCUUUUGGCAGCACUCUGUCCCUCUGGUCGCAGCAGCCUGGCAGUGCGUAUGGUGUGAGCUGGUACGGGUUUGAGUCGGCUGCUUCCUCCCCUGCCGGCAACACUCCCUCUGACGCCAUCACUGCGUGGCUCUAUGAGAAAGCCUUUUAUGAUCCUGCGCGCAACCAGUGCUCUGACACGGACGACUGUCACAUGCACCGAGGCCAUACCAACGUCUCUCUUCGUCCUCCUCUGCUACUUCGACCCCCCCGGCAACCUCCCCAACCAGAACCCAUGGCUAUCCCUCCCCUCCCUGCUUUCCCUCCCCUCCCUGCUUUCCCUCCCCUCCCUGCUUUCCCUCCCCUCCCUGCUUUCCCUCCCCUCCCCGCUUUCCCUCCCCUCCCUGCUUUCCCUCCCCUCCCUGCUUUCCCUCCCCUCCCUGCUUUCCCUCCCCUCCCCGCUUUCCCUCCCCUCCCUGCUUUCCCUCCCCUCCCUGCUUUCCCUCCCCUCCCUGCUUUCCCUCCCCUCCCUGCUUUCCCUCACCGCCUGCCCUUUCCCCUAUCUCUCCCCCCGCACCACAGGUCACAUGCAAGGAGGCCAAUGCCCCCAUUCCAACGUCUCUCUUCGUGCUCCUCUGCUACUUCGACCCUCCCGGCAACCUCCCCAACCAGCACCCCUGGCUUUUCUUCCCCUCCUCACCUUCCCCCUCCCUGCUUUUCCCCCUCGCCUCCUUGCCCCCCCCUCCCCUCUCUCUCAACCCCGUUCCAGGUCACAUGCAGCGAGGCCAACGCGCCCAUCCCAACGUCUCUCUUCGUGCUCCUCUGUUACUUCGACCCCCCCGGCAACCUCCCCAACCAGCACCCCUGGCUAUCCCUCCCCUCCCCGCUUUCCCCCUCCCUGCUUUCCCUCACCGCCUGCCCUUUCCCCUUUCUCUCCCCCCGCACCACAGGUCACAUGCAAGGAGGCCAAUGCACCCAUCCCAGCGUCUCUCUUCGUCCUCCUCUGCUAUUUCGACCCUCCCGGCAACCUCCCCAACCAGCACCCCUGGCUCUCUCUCCCCUCCCCGCCUUCCCCUUCCCCUCCCCCUCCCGCCACCCCUCCCCCUCGCCCACCCCCGCCGGCUCCUCGCUCCGCCCCCACUCCCUCCCCUCCUCCCCCGCGCGCGCCUCCCCUCAAAGCCUCCCCGCCUCCUCCUCCCCCUGUGCGGAGCCCUCCCCCCCGCCUCCCCCCGCCCGCUUCCCCCAGCCCUCCCCCUCCGCGCUCUUCCCCCUUGGGGGUGACCAGCGUGGGGGAAGGGGGGAGAGAGACGCUGCUACAGGGGAUAAAUGGAGCGAGCGUGGGGGAAGGGGGGAGAGAGUCACUGCUGCAGGGGAUAAAUGGAGCGAGGUGAGCGGGGGGGAGGUUGGGGUGGGGAAAAAGGGGGGAAUGUGCAUAGCAUGCGUGGGGGAAGGGGGGAGAGAGACACUGCUGCAGGGGAUAAAUGGAGCGAGACUAGCAGUCCCCUCUGCCAGCCUGUCAGCGCUGACGUGGAGCGACGCAUUGGCCACGUCAGCACAACAAUGGGCAGCCAAUCAGACAGCAUCCCUCUGCUCGGCCCCUCUAGACGCCUUCGGCUCAGCUCUCUCUUUCAGCGCAGCCAUACCUGUAGCCGCUGCCACCCUCCCCUCUCUGUUCGCUGCUGCUACAACCUCGCCUCUGGUGGGAAAGCGGAGCAGCAGCAAAAAGGGCAGUGGCAAGACCAGUGGCAGCAGCACGAGCAACAGCACGAGCGGCAGCAGCAGCGGCGGCGGCGGCGGCAGUGCGUAUGGUGUGAGCUGGUACGGGUUUGAGUCGGCUGCUGCCGCUCGUGCAGGCAGCACUCCCUCUGACGCCCUCAGUGCGUGGCUCUAUGAGAAGCAGAACUACAACUCAGAAGCUGACACGUGUGCACCAGGGGAGCUCUGCAGCAAUUACAGGCAGAUUGUGUGGAAGGCUGCUACAGCCGUGGGGUGUGGCAUGGUUACAUGUUCAGAGGCCCGUGCACCCUCCCCCACCUCCCUCUUCACCCUCCUCUGCCUUUUCAACUCCCAAGCCUCCUCUAAUCGGUCCCCUCCUGUCACUCCCCCCUGUCUCUCCCCCUGCCCAUCCCCACCCCUCUCAUCCCAGAUCACAUGUUCAGAGGCCAAGGCACCCUCCCCCACCACCCUCUUCACCCUCCUCUGCCUCUUCAACUCCCAAGCCUCCUCUAAUCGGUCCCCUCCUGUCACUCCCCCCUGUCUCUCCCCCUGCCCAUCCCCACCCCUCUCAUCGCAGAUCACAUGUUCAGAGGCCAAGGCACCCUCCCCCACCACCCUCUUCACCCUCCUCUGCCUCUUCAACUCCCAAGCCUCCUCUAACCUACACCCUUGGCUCACCUCCCCUCCUCCCCCUCCCUCACCGCCCUCCCCUCCCCCCGCCCCCCCUCGCUCCCCCAACCCUCCCCCAUCCCCACCUCCCCCUCGUCGCCCUCCCCCUUCUCCCCCACUCCGUUCCCCUUCCCCUCCUCCCCCUGCCGCCCGCUCCCCCCCUCCCCGCCCCCCUCCCCCUGUGCUGCGCCCCCCUUCCCCUUCCCCCCCGUCCCCCCCCCCUGCACGAGGGGCGGGUGUGCUGGGGGGAGUGGGGAGGGCGGAGCUGCUGGCGCUUAUCAACAGAGAGAGGGCGCCUGCCAGCCUGUCAGCACUGACCUGGAGCGAUGCCUUGGCCACGUCAGCGCAGCAGUGGGCGGCCAAUCAGACAGCAGCACUGUGCUCUGCCCCUCUAGACCCAUUCGGCUCGCUCCUCCCUCUAGCCGCUACAACCGUACCUACAGCCGUGGCUCGGGGUGUGAGCUGGUACGGGUUUGAGUCGGCUGCUGCCUCACCUGAAGGCAGCGCUCCCUCUGAUGCCAUCAGCGCGUGGCUCUAUGAGAAGCAGAACUACGAUCCUUCCACCAAGACCUGCUCCCCUUUUGAUUCGUGCGACAACUACCGUCAGAUCGUCGGCAUCACAACCACAGCCGUCGGAUGUGGAACGAUUUCCUGCCUUGAGUCCAAAGCACCCAUCCCCACCGCUCUCUACAUCCUCAUGUGCUACUUCGACCCCCCUGGUUACACGCUAACCACCCGCCGCCGUUUCUAG